GUUUCUCUAACACUCAACUGCGUUUUUUUUACGAACUCACUCACGCUCAACUGCGUUCAUCUAACGCUUACAUUGCAAUCUCUUUCCAUUUUAAUACCCCCAAUUCUCUUUUCUGCAUGAUUUUCAAUUAUUCUUCUACUCUUUUUGUUUUCUCUUCAUAAAAUUGUUGAUACGAAGUAUUAUAUUUGGUUCUAAUGUCGAAUUUUACAUCUCUUACGAAUUUGGGUCAAAACCCAAAUCCCAACAAAUCAUAUGAGGUGCCUCAACCACCAGCUGAUUCAAUUUCUAGCCUUAAUUUCAGUCCCAAAGCCAAUCAUCUUAUAGUUACUUCAUGGGAUAAUCAGGUGCGUUGUUGGGAGAUAAUGCAAAGCGGAGCAAAUGUCAAUAGUACACCAAAGGCUGCCAUAUCUCAUGAUCAGCCGGUAUUGUGCUCGGCUUGGAAGGAUGAUGGAACAACUGUCUUCUCAGGAGGCUGUGACAAGCAGGUGAAGAUGUGGCCUUUGCUGUCUGGUGGGCAACCAAUUACUGUGGCUAUGCAUGAUGCUCCAAUUAGAGAGAUGGCCUGGAUUCCUGAGAUGAAUGUUCUGGUUACUGGGAGCUGGGAUAAAACGCUUAGGUACUGGGACUUAAGGCAACAAACUCCCGUCCAUACCCAACAACUCCCAGAGCGCUGCUAUUCUUUAACAGCACGGCAUCCUCUUUUGGUUGUUGGAACAGCGGAUAGAAAUCUCGUAGUGUUCAAUUUGCAGAACCCUCAGGCUGAAUUCAAAAGGAUAAUGUCACCACUGAAAUACCAGACAAGGUGUCUUGCUGCUUUUCCUGAUAAACAAGGAUUCCUGGUUGGAUCAAUUGAGGGACGAGUAGGAGUUCAUCACCUUGAUGAUGCACAACAAUCCAAGAACUUCACUUUCAAAUGUCACAGAGAGGGCAAUGAGAUUUAUUCUGUCAACUCUUUGAACUUCCACCCUGUACACGGCACCUUUGCAACUGCAGGAUCUGAUGGUGGUUUUAAUUUCUGGGACAAAGACAGUAAACAGAGGCUGAAGGCAAUGUCAAGAUGCAGUCAACCAAUAACUUGUAGUGCAUUCAACAGUGAUGGAUCUAUAUUUGCAUACUCGUCAUGUUACGACUGGAGCAAAGGUGCUGAGAACCAUAACCCAGCAACAGCCAAGUCUUACAUAUAUUUACACUUACCACAGGAGUCUGAGGUGAAAGGGAAGCCCAGAGUUGGCAGCACUGGCCGACGAUGAAGCCUGGUAUUUGGAGCUCAUACAGUUUUCCGGCAGUGUACAUGGCAGAUAGUUGGAUAUAUUUGGAUUAGCCUGAUCGAGUAGUAUUUCUUUUUUUGAGUAGCAGAUGUUUUGAGACCGUCUUGGAACUAUUGAGCUUCCUUUAUGUCGAUUUCUUAGGGCUUGAUAUGUUCAUAUGUUGGUAGAUAGUUUAAUAUUUCGAAAAAAUAUGCUAUCAUUGCUAUGUUGUUGACUUGUUGAGGUUCUUAACUUCAAUUAGCAAAAUUAGCUUCCAUUUGCAUAUGAAUUGUGUUCAGGUUACUAGUGAGUGAUAAUUUUUGCCUAAUGGGCAUUAAAAUUCGGUCUUUGAUGAAUUAGGGUAAAAUAUACUGGAACAUUAAAAAAAUACUUAAAUUACCCAAUUUUGUAAUGCAUUUGGAAUAAAAUAAUGUACUUUCUUCUGA